AUUAAAUUACAUUUUUUAUGCACAAAUUGCUUUUAAGAUGCUCUUUAAAAAUAUUGAAACAUGAUAGUAGUGUGGGUGAGGCCGCUGAAUGGGAACGUGUUCUCUGUGUGUGUAAGCAGGUGCUAUUAUAUAUGGACUGACUCCAAUUAGAUAAGUACCAGUGAGAUUCGGAAGGAUUAGGAUGUUCAGCAACAAUAACAAUGGAUAUAUUGAAUGUAUACAACUCACUCGUACAGUCUACAGGCACCAGGCAGGCGGGAAGUUGAUAAGUCGAGGUCAAUGGGAAUAAUUUACGGGUCCCUAUACAAUCCAGACAUACAAUACACACCAUUAUACAAUGUCACACAAUCUCACACACACACCAAGUCUCUAGUCCACCAUCUAGUCUCGCCUCCACCCCCUUGUCCUGGUCCGGGGGAGGUCUCUUGGAGGUGGGAGGUGUCCGGUAGGGGGUGGCUCCUCCUUCACUCCUUGGUGAGGUCUGCCGCUAAACCCACAGUAGUGUUUUGCAAUUACUCAUUUCAAUCACAAAUGCAAUCCCUAGUCUGAUGAUGGCCUAGACCUACCCCUAUUCCAGAUGAUGAUUUAGCCCUAUACUUGGCUUAUUAACUCCAGAAAAAAAAGUGUACAUAUCCAAGGCAUUGGGCCCCAAAGUCAAUUUUUUUUCAGAGCAAUUAUUCUGUUUAUGUAGGAGAUGCUCGGUUGAACUACAAUACAUGACAAGAAGAAAUUUCAGUGCUACAGGGCAAGAGUUGCCAGAGGAGAUCCCUUGCCAUUCUGUAGUUAUUUUAGCUAUUAUGUUGUGAAAAUUUAGGCCCAGUGAUUCCCAUUCUUCUGGAAGAAUGUCAAGCAUAUCUGACAAACUGGGUUUGGACUCUCAGCCCAGGACCCUUCGCCUUGGUGAGAGUUUCAAAAGCAGCAAAAGUUCACCCUUUCACACCAUCAGAUAUGACUUCAAACCAGCAAGUGUUGAUCCCAACAAGGUGGCCACAUUGGAUGUUGGUGAAAACAGUCAGGUGACAGUGUCAGUGCCUCAUGUGGAAGGGCGUGGAACAGCACAGACUGUGUAUAAAGGUUCCAGGCGCCCAUAUGCAAAAGAGUGCAUUCUCAUCAUUGACCAUGAUACUGGAGAAAUCACCCUUGAGAAACUUGCCAACAAUAUCCAGGUGAAGAAGACAAGGUCAGAGGGAUUUCGUGGUGCAUCUCAAGCACUGCCUCCCACCAAGAAGUCUCCUGAAAGUGAGAGGUCAGAGGGAGCCAGUAUGUCAUCAUCACAGGAGAGGUCAGAGGGAACCAGUAUGUCAUCAAGACAAGAGAGGUCAGAGGGAGCCAGUAUGUCAUCGAGACAGGAGAGGUCAGAGGGAGCCAGUAUGUCAUCAAGACAGGAGAGGUCAGAGGGAACCAGUAUGUCAUCAACACAGGAGAGGACAAGCAAGAGGUCUCUUACUGCUGUUGAAAGGAGCUCGACUUCCAGGAAGAAGAAAGAACAUUCUUCUCUCCUUUCCAUGCCCACCAUUGGGGAUCUUGAGGAAACUGAAACCAAGCAGGUUUCUGAAACCCCUGCAGUGGGUAUCCUUUCGAGUGAGGACUCCUCUGAUUCUAGUGACAGCAGUGAUGUUGAUAUGGAUGAUGACUUCAUGCAGGAAAAUACCAGCAUGGGGAAGUCUCAAAUGGGCAAAGAGAUCCAACCUUCAAAUCUUCCCAACCAGAUCCUACAUGAAGACCUGGAACUUUCAGAAUCGGGUAGUGACUCGGACUCGUCAUGAGCUGAUUCCCUCUCCAUUAUUCCUCUCUUCUAUUUCCUGUGCAUUUGGUGCACAUGAGAACAAAGUUACCAGUGUCAACAUGAUGGUAUCCUUCUUGCUUGUUGUCAUCUUGCAUGAUUAAGAAAUAGA